AUGCAACCAGGUGUACUUCCAUUGUCUCUCGAAAAUUUAUCUCUUAAUAGUCAUCCAUCUGAGGAUGAAUUACCACCAACCCUAGGAGAUCAACAAUAUCCGGUGGCAACAUGUUUACCAAUUUCAUGGUUACAAGCGAUAUCAUCACUUCCAAACCUUCAAAAACUUUAUGUUUAUUUUUCCUAUGAUGUUAAUUAA